AUGCAUGAGCAGGUGCGCCUCAAGUCCUUCCGCGACAUUCCGAUCGCCGACGUCGAGGUCGUCUUCCCUGGGCUGCGCGCCACCCGCAUCAAGUCGGCCGACCAAGCGACGAUGGAGGACUUCAUCCGGACGACGCUGUACCACCGCUCGCAGGACUCGCAGAAGGGGGUGCUGCUCCACGUGCUCAACUCGAUCGAGGAGCACGAGCACCGCGAGGCGCUCCUCGUCUACCUGCUCAUGCUGGCCCAGUCGGGCCCGGACGGCUCUGUGGUCGGCUCGAGUGCGGGGGGCGACAGCCCGCCGCCGCUGCCGAUGAGCGCCGCCGAGGCCGAGGUGCUCUGCAGCGCCUUUCUCGAGGCCGAGUUCGGCGUUGCCGUGCAGCUGGACACGCACGCGGCGCUGGCGCGCCUCCUCGACUUGGGCCUGGUCAGGCGGGGCGGCGGCGCGGCCUCCACCGAGACGCGGCCCGCCGACUCGGUCUACGAGGCGGUCGAGGUCGGCCCGGCGACCGCGCGGCUGAGGGAGGCGUGGAGAGGGCUGCAGCCAGCCACCGCGGCGCGAACCGGCCGCGACGAUGGCAGAGGCGCGCGGCUGCUCUCCACGCUGGCCAUGUUCACCUCGCGACAGGCUGACGCCGGACGCGACGACUCGCCGCGCGAUGGGUACAGCCUUUGAGGCCGCGGCGAGAGGGAGGGCGGUGGAGGGGUAGUGGCGCGAGCGCGGAGAGCCGCGCGCCGGCGGGGACGGAGGCUCGGGUAUGCGAGAGUAGCGCGCUUAUGUGGGAUGGGGUAGAUGACGAGAGAGUGCGGUGGCCUGCGGACCCGGCAGUGUGUGGUGAGCUGCGUUCGCUUCGAAUCAUCUCGUUCUCGAGACCCGCACACUCUUAUUAUAC